CCCCCGCGCUGCCGCAGCCCCUCAGCCGGCCCCGCCAUGGCGCUGCUGGGCGCCCUGCUGCUGGCCCUGGCCCUGCUCUGCACAUGGGGGCUGGCGCGACGGCGGGACCCCUCGGGAACAGGGACAGGGACGGGUCUGGGGCGCCCACGGAGCCUGCCGGCCCUGCCGUUCGUGGGGAGCCUGCUGCAGCUGGCCGGGCACCCCCAGCUCCACCUGCGGCUGUGGCGCCUGCAGGGACACUACGGCAGCCUCUACGCCCUCUGGAUGGGCUCCCACUACGUGGUGGUGGUGAACAGCUACCGGCACGCCAGGGAGGUGCUGCUGAAGAAGGGGAAAGACUUCGCCGGACGGCCCCGCACCGUGACCACAGACCUGCUGUCCCGGGGGGGCAAGGACAUCGCCUUCGCCAGCUACGGGCCCCUCUGGAAGUUCCAGCGCAAGCUGGUGCACACUGCUCUCUCCAUGUUUGGGGAGGGCUCGCUCGCCCUCGAGAGGAUCAUCUGCCGGGAGGCUGCAUCCCUGUGUGAGACACUCGGCGCUGCGCAGGAUACGGCCCUGGACAUGGCCCCUGAGCUCACACGGGCCGUCACCAACGUGGUCUGCUCCCUCUGCUUCAACUCCUCAUACCGGCGCGGGGACCCCGAGUUCGAGGCCAUGCUGGAGUACAGCCAGGGUAUCGUGGACACCGUGGCCAAGGAGAGCUUGGUGGACAUCUUCCCCUGGCUCCAGAUCUUCCCCAACAAGGACCUGGCCCUGCUGAAAAAAUGCCUCCAGGUCCGAGACCAGCUGCUCCAGCAGAAAUUCACUGAACACAAGGAAGCCUUUUCUGGAGACACUGUGAAGGACCUCAUGGAUGCCCUGCUGCAAGUGAGGCUCAGUGCUGAGAACAGCAGUCCCCCGGUGCCAGGGCUGGAGCUGACUGACGACCACCUCCUCAUGACAGUGGGGGACAUCUUUGGGGCUGGCGUGGAGACCACCACUACUGUUCUCAAAUGGGCUGUGCUCUACCUGCUCCACUACCCUGAGUCCUUGCUCCCUUCCCAGGUCCAGAGGAAGAUUCAGGAGGAAAUGGACCAGAAGAUUGGCCUGGUUCGACACCCCCACCUCAGCGACCGCCCACUACUGCCCUACCUGGAGGCCACCAUCAGUGAAGUGCUGCGCAUCCGGCCCGUGUCUCCCCUGCUCAUCCCACAUGUGUCCCUUGCUGACACCAGCAUUGGGGAAUACUCCAUCCCCAAAGGCGCCAGGGUCAUCAUCAACCUCUGGUCCGUGCACCAUGACGAGAAGGAGUGGGACAAGCCCGAGGAGUUCAAUCCUGGCCGCUUCCUGGAUGAGCAGGGCCAGCACAUCCACUCGCCCUCACCCAGCUACCUCCCCUUCGGGGCCGGGAUCCGUGUCUGCCUGGGAAAAGUCCUGGCCAAGAUGGAGCUCUUCCUCUUCCUGGCCUGGGUGCUGCAGAGGUUCACACUCGAGUGCCCCGAGGACCAGCCCCUGCCCUCUCUGGAGGGCAAGUUUGGUGUUGUGUUGCAGGUGCAGAAGUUUCAGGUGAAGGCCCGUCUGCGGGACGCCUGGCGAGCGGCCUCAUGAUGAGAAUGAGCCCUGGAUCCCAGGCAGUGGUGGGGUGGGCUGGGACAGGCCCAUAGAGGCCAUACCCUGCCUGCCCCGUGGAUGUGGGGUUGUCUGAAUAAAGAUGUUCCCAACACA